AUGGCUACCACCAAGGUCACCCAAAAGACAUAUACCCUCAAUACCGGGGACAAGAUCCCAGCUCUCGGACUUGGAACAUGGCAGUCGAAGCCCCAUGAAGUUGAGAAGGCGGUUGAGAUUGCCCUCAGAAAGGGGUACAGGCACAUCGACACUGCUGCACCCGAAGUUGGUUUAGGAAUCAAGAACUCUGGCGUAGCACGUGGAGACAUCUGGUUGACUACAAAGCUUGACAACCCAUGGCAUAAGCGAGUCCAAGAGGGCAUCGACACCUCUCUGAAGUCCCUCGGAACCGAUUACGUCGAUUUGUACUUGAUGCACUGGCCUUGUUCUACAGACCCCACAGACUUGAAGAAGCACUUGCCAGAUUGGGACUUUAUCAAGACAUGGCAAGAGAUGCAGAAGCUGGUCGGCACCGGCAAGGUCAAGAACAUCGGCGUCUCCAAUUUCGGCAUCAAAAACUUGGAGAUCCUGCUUAACGACCCUUCCACCAAGAUCGUCCCAGCAGUCAACCAAAUCGAACUUCAUCCCAACAACCCCUCUCCCAAGCUCGUCGCCUACAACACCUCGAAAGGUAUCCAUAGCACCGGCUAUUCCUGUCUCGGCUCCACCGACUCCCCCCUCUACAAAGACCAAACUCUGCUCGAGCUUGCCAAAGCCAAGGGCAAGACACCCCAACAAGUACUGCUUGCCUGGGGUCUGCAGAAGGGCUGGUCUGUGAUCCCCAAGUCGGUCAACAAGGAGCGAAUCGAGGCCAACUUUGAGCUCGAUGGCUGGGAACUGACACCGGCGGAGGUUACUAAGCUAGAUGGGCUGAAGGAUCGGUUCAAGGUCUGUGGGGACGCCUGGUUGCCGAUUAAGGUGUUCUUCGGGGAUGAUGAGUAG